UUUAACUUGGUCCGGUAUCAUUUGUGGUUUCAUAUCACUGUAGCUCUGUUUCAAACAGACAGGGUUCAUGGAGCAUCACUGAGGUGGUUUUCGUCAGAGUCAUAUACUGAAAUGGAUGAAAGCGGCAUCGGGAAGAGGGAGGAGUUGCAGAACGGCUCCACCAGCCAUAGCUUGGACUGUCAGACCAAAGACAACCAGCCUGUGAAGGCCACUGUGCUUCAAAAAGAUGUUGGCCUGUUUAGUGGCAUCUGUCUGAUUGUUGGGACGAUGAUUGGCUCGGGCAUCUUCAUCUCUCCUAAAUCUGUCCUGCUGUACUCUGGAGCUGUGGGACCCUGCCUCCUCAUCUGGGCUGCCUGUGGCGUGUUAUCCACGUUAGGAGCAUUGUGCUAUGCUGAGCUUGGCACCAUGAUCACCAAAUCGGGGGCAGAGUAUGCAUAUUUAACAGAGGCUUUUGGCUCCAUUGUAUCCUACCUUUACUCUUGGACCACUAUCAUGGUGCUGAAGCCCUCCUCUUUCGCCAUCAUCACGUUGAGCUUUGCAGAAUAUGCCUCUACACCAUUUUACCCUGGCUGUAAGCCUCCUGUUAUUGUUACCAAGUGUCUGUCUGCAGCAGCUAUACUGUUGAUCAGCAUCAUCAACUGUUUGAGCGUCAAACUGGCGAGCUACGUGCAGAACUUCUUUACUGCAGCCAAACUUUUCAUCAUUCUUGUCAUAGUGGUAGCCGGCAUGAUUAUGUUGGCACAAGGAAACACAGAGACUUUGUCAAAUGCUUUUGAUGGUGCAUCAACGUCUGUUGGAGCAAUUGGACUUGCAUUUUAUAAUGGGCUUUGGGCUUAUGAUGGAUGGAAUCAACUGAAUUUCAUCACAGAAGAGCUGAAAGACCCAUUCAGGAACUUGCCUCUGGCCAUUCUCAUUGGGAUUCCUUUGGUAUCUGUGUGCUAUGUGUUGGUCAACGUCUCUUACUUCACUGUUUUAACAACCACUGAACUGUUGCUGUCUCCCGCCGUUGCCGUGACUUUUGGAGAAAGAGUCUUUUACUCCAUGUCUUGGAUCGUUCCUCUCUUUGUUGUCUUCUCUACAUUUGGUUCUGCCAAUGGAAGCUGCUUCACUGCUGGCAGACUGGCUUAUGUGGCUGGUAGACAGGGUCACAUGGUGAAAGUGUUGUCCUAUAUAAGCCUGAAGCGCUACACUCCAGCCCCUGCCCUUAUAUUCAAUGGUAUUUUGGCUAUUUUCUACAUUAUUCCAUCAGACAUCAACACCCUCAUUAACUACUUCAGCUUUGCUCAGUGGGGGUUUUAUGGUCUGGCAGCGCUGGCUCUCAUAGUUAUGCGUUUCACCAGGAAGGAGCUCCAUAGACCUGUAAAGGUGCCGAUUUUUGUAGCAGUGCUAAUGGUCCUGGUGUCCUGCUACUUGGUCCUGGCUCCCAUCAUUGAUAAGCCAGAACUGGAGUACCUCUACUGUACUAUCUUCAUCUUCAGUGGACUUCUCUUCUACUACCCGUUUGUCCACCGAAAGGUCAACUGGGGACGCAAACUCAUGAGGCCCAUCACUAAGCACUUACAGCUGCUGAUGGAGGUAGUUCCUCCUGAGAAAACUGAAUGAGAAAGGACUCUGACAAC